GGCCAUUGUGCAGUGUUGGUGUUUAUGUUGUUACUGGAAAUAAGCAAAUUAUAAUACAUUUGAUUGUUUUCCUACAUAUAUAGCCUGAGUGAAGAUAAAUCUAAGUCAAGAUGUGGAAGGCGUUCUCGGCUCUGAAGAUCAAAGGGGAGUUUAAGCCGCGGGUGGAUAACUUGGUGUUCCGGUUGCACUACCGCUACACCUUCAUCCUCUUCAUGGCAGGAGCUAUACUGUCCACACUCUAUGACUUCGUCGGCGAGAAAAUUAUCUGUAUGAUUGAAACCGGCGACGAAGCGCUACAAAAGGUGGUGCAGAGCUACUGCUACAUCACCGGCACCUACACGGUCGACAAGCUACACUACGGAGAGGUCGGGGUGGACAUGCCCCACCCAGGCGUGGGCCCCCACACCGCAGAUGACGCCGUCACAUACCACACCUACUACCAGUGGGUGCCCUUCGUGCUAGUCGCACAGGGAGCGAUGUUCUAUUUGCCCCACCUCAUCUGGAAGCACUGGGAGGGCGGACUGUUCCGCAGCAUCAUCCAGAACUUGUCUGUUGUCGACUUCUUGUCAGCAGGCAAAACGGGCACCAUCGGCAACUACUUCAACAGGGAAAAUGAGUUUAAGUCUCUUGCAGUUUACAUCACAGAUUCGUUGCACACCCACAAGGGAUGGUCGUCAAAAUUCAUCUUCUGUGAAUUUCUCAACUUGAUUGUGACGAUCUCGACAAUUUUCUUCACCAAUUUCUUCCUGGGCGGGGAAUUUUUGACCUACGGUGUCAAGGUGAUCGCGAUGACCAACAUGGACCCUGAGAACAGGACAGAUCCUAUGUCGGAAAUUUUUCCCACCAUGGGCAAGUGUUCCUUCAGGAUGUACGGUCCUUCUGGGACCAUCGAGAAGCGGGACAUCAUGUGCCUCCUGCCUACCAAUAUUGCGAACGAGAAGGUGUACGUGAUGCUGUGGUUCUGGCUGGUGAUCGUUGCUGUGAUCAGCUCGCUGUGGUUGAUCCUGAGAUCUUUAUCUUUCAUCCGCCCCAUCCGGGAAAAAGUUUUUACGCUACGAGCCUUCAACUUCCCGCGCCACAACAUGAAAAGUUUCGAGCCUCUUUUGGGUAACUUGGCUACCAGGCAGGACGUCGAAAUCGUUCUCAAUGACUCGGACUUCGGUGACUACAUUCUGCUGAGCCAACUCGCGGACAACAUGGACCUUGCUAUGUUCAGUGAAUUUGUACGCUAUCUGGCGAAACAUAUCAGGGAAGAAAGACGAACCUCCUCUAACGACAGUGGAGUACACGAUGAUGACGAUAUUUCUAAACUUAAACGCAAGGAAGCAGAGAUUCAUGAGCAUCCUUAUUUAAGUGCAAAGGCCUGAUCAAUAAUAAAUACGACUGAAGCAAAAAGCAGACCGCCACAAAAAAAGUGUUGAGGGGUGUCAUGUGCAUGAAUAAAUUGCGAAGCCAGACUGUCAAGGAACAACCCUAACCCAUAUACGUAGCACGCAGAGCAUCCAAUGCUACCAAAGUAAGUAAAUCAAAAAUUCUUCAAUAUUAAAUUUAAAUAGAAAAACUGAAGUUAUUAACGGAAAAAAAUAUCUAGUCACUUUCAUGAUAAUUUUAUUUAAGGAAAUUAUUACUCGAAAUGAAUGUGGAACUCUAUUCAAGAAAAUACAUCUUAGUAAAACGUUCAGUAUCUUUCUUGUCUCUCCGUUAAUGAUAGCAGCUAUCAGCAGACCUCGAGGCCAGAGUAUAUAUAAUACUCCUCAUAAUGCCGUUACAUUAAUUAAUUGGACCAAUAAUUUUAAUUAGUGAAAUCUCUCCCUUUACAGCAAUAUUCUAACUUGGUAUAAGUAUUCAAGUCCCUUCCCUGCAUUCGCCCCAACAGAAUAUUUCAUUUAAAAAAACUGUCAUAAAUCGAUUUACGAAUUAGUUUCUAGUACCAGCCUGUUUUUAAAAUAAAUGUACUCCAAAUAAUUCAUUUUUUUUGUCAAUCCAAAAAUCCCUUGAAAGAUAACCGUUAUGCGCAUGACGCAACUUCGUUUCCGAAGCGCAUGCUUCGAUUGUAAGCGAUUACAACUGUCACGAUAGCGUCUGUUGCUUCGGUUUAUAUGAACGCAGUUUGCUUGUCUACAUCUCGACUGAUAAGGUCAAGUAACUGAUAAGCUCAAUAGCGCCAUACGUGACGGUAUGUAGGAGAAGUAAAUAUUUCCAUCUCAUAUCCUCGAUAAAAUAUAUAACAAAUGUUAUUAAUAAAGCUAAACAAAUGGUCAAGUGCUAGCGUGUCUCGCACUGCAUGCC